AUGUCGCGGAGGCAUCAUCCUCCAGCAGAGAUCGCUCCAUUCUUAGACCCAGAACCCGGCAAGUCAACAAAGAGCAAAAGUUCAACUGGUAGGAUCGGAAAGAGCAAGGUAGUCAAGCCUGCUACAAAGACGAAUCCUGGUGCAAGCCGAAGCGUAUCUGUAAGUACGAAAGAGACGGGCUCUCCCUGGCCUGACACACUUGAGAGUGAAAAGGAAAUCUUCGGAUUCUUGGAAUACCAUCUCGGCGUCAACCAAGAAGAGGUGCAGAGGUCCGUUCGCGAAGCAAGGAAGCAACCACGACAGUCUAUCCGCAGAGCCCUCAGAUCCGAAGGAGGCGAUGAGAUCGGUGGUGUUCCAGUGCAGAUCUCGUCGUCGACGACUGUAGAGAUCCCAAUUCCCAUCUACUUGCAUGUCUCAUUUAAAUCGCUGAAGUCAAACACAGCCCUCGCUCCGACAGUCAUGGUCAUGCUGGAAGAUCUGCCCGAUGUUACCGCACUCUGUACACGGCUGACGACCAAACAUUGCGAAGUGAUUGGGAAGCAGCUGUUCGACAGCAAGGGGCCAAAGAAAUGGAUUUUCGAGAGCAAGGCUGGUGAAGAGGACAAACAUCUCCACAGUCUGGGCCAAACCUUUUCCAAAGUAUGCUCUCACCGUCGAGCCGAAAGAAUAUGCACCGAUUUCUUCCACUUCCUUACCGAGAUGAGACGUGUCAAGACUGAAAGGCUGACGCAGGAAGAGGAAGCGGAAGCGGAAGCGGGUCAAGAGCUCAAGAAUUCGAAGGAAGACUCUGGCAGGAAUGACGGGGGUCGCACCUCUGAGCGCGAGGUUCCUAAGGUGCCUCUGGUGGAGGACACUGCCAUCGACGGAUUCGUGGAAGUUUACUUUUAA